AGGCGGGACAGGGACAGGGACAGGGACUGGGGCUGGGAUAGGGGUAGGGACAGGGACAGACACAGACACGGGGACAAACGGGGUGGGCGGCACACGGGGACCGGCGGGUCUGCGGGCUCGGCUUUGCUUCCCUCCGGCCCGGCUUUGCUGCCCUCCGGCCCGCAGCUGCCCUGUGCACAGGCUCUGCUCCGGGAACGCAGUCCCCGCUCCGUGCUCCACGGGUUUAGAAGUUUCUUUCCGGGCACUGAGUAAACGCUGUUGAUAAUUGUGUUGAUGGUCUUGGUUCUAAAGGUCUCGGCUUCUUUUAGCUGGUGGAUUGACUUUCUGAAGCGAUUGGUUCACACCGUGUGAAGUGUGGGAUCUGCAGAGUAGCGCUCUCCUCCUGAGGCCGCUGCUUUGCAGUGCAUUGCUGCUUUGUGGAGCUGAAGUACUGUUGAGAUAAUAAUGGCUGUGUAAGAAUCCCUUUUCCACAGGGGCUUCAGGUAUCUGCCAGUGUGACUGACCACAUCAAUAAGAUGGUGGUGCUCUUGGCUAUUCUUCAUUCUUCAUGAGACUUUGAUAAAACAGCUAUGCCUGUUCAAUUGCUGAAGAUCACUGAAGGACAAUCUGAGACUCCACUACCAAGCCAUUUGCAGAAGGAGGAUUUAAAACAUUUGCAAGAAGGGUGUGAUCAUACCAACAAAUACAUUCAGGGAAUAGUUACUCUUUCCUACCCAUUAACAAAACUCAGAGAUGGAACAGACUUUUUCAAGAUUGUUAUUCAAGAUUCGGAUAACUUGUGUUCCCGGAUCAACAGCAUCAAUGUUUUAAUAUAUGGAAAAAUGGCAGAGGAUUGUGCAAAAAUUAUACACCAUGGGGAAACCUUCAUAGCUGCAGGAUUCAAGGUGAUAAAAUUGCCUGCAGAGAGAGAGCAUGCUAGACAUGAUUGUCACCUGGAAGUGUCUGAAGAAGCUGGAUCAACCAUUUAUAUUUGGCCUAAACCAGGAACAACUGCUGCUUCAGAAACUGCAUCUAUGUCUGUUGCUCCAAAAUAUGUGUAUACACCCCUGAAUCAUCUUAAAGAUGGAACUGUAGUGAACUUGUAUGGUGUUGUGAAAUUCUUCAAGCCUCCAUAUAUUAGCAAAGGAACUGAUUAUUGCUCAAUUGUGACACUUGUGGACCCAUCAAAUGUGAAGUUAACAUGCAGUCUUUUUAGUGGAAACUUAGAUUCUCUACCAAAAAUUUACAAAGUUGGAGAUAUUGUUCGAUUUCAUAGAAUAAAGAUCAGGGAAUACAAUGGACAGAUGCAGGGAAUUACCAGUGGGGGAUUUGCAUCCUUAACAUUUGAUGGAACUGUAGGAGCUCCAGUAGUUCCUCAAACUUCUAGCAGAGUGUACACUUUCAUGGAUGAAGAACAGAAAACAAUAGAAGAAUUACGUAUUUGGGCAGCCAGCAAUAUUUCCAUCUCUGGACCAGCAACAAAAUUGUCUGAUGUUCAGCCAAUGCUGUUCUUUGAUCUCACUUGCCAGCUGGUAGGAAAAGCAAAAGUGGAUGGAUCUUCUUUUCUUCUAAAGGUUUGGGAUGGCACUAAAUGUCCUUACCCCACAUGGAAGGUGCCUGUGGAAGCAAAAGACCUGGAAGGAGAAAAAGCUCUUCUUCAUCAGCUGAGAAAUCUAGCAGUGGACAUUCUGGUCUAUGAUAAUCAUGUACAACUGGCAGAAUCACUUAAGAUUGGAAGUUUUCUGAGAAUUUACAGUAUUCAUGCGAAACAAGCAAGUGCUGACAAUGAAGAUGUCUCACAUAUGGAAUUUCAUCUUCAUGGUGGCACCUGUUAUGGUCGAGGAAUAGGAGUCUUGCCAGAAAGUAACCCAGAUGUUAAGGAACUAAAAGAAUUCUUAGAAUCUGUUACUCUGACAGAGAGUCAGAAUAUGGAAAGCGUGUGUUCAAUGGACAUAGACAGCACUUUUGGCAAUGUUACAGAUCUUGAAUUGCACUUACAGAGAUGUCAGCAGUUAUCUGUUACAGUAUUAACAGAUCAUCAGGAUUUGAGUAACACAGAACUGAAAACCAUAACAAACAGCACAGCUCCUCAACAGUAUCGCAUUAGAGCAAAGCUGAGAACUUACAAACCCCAAAAGCUCCAUCAGUCUGUUAAACUUCAUUGCCCCAAAUGCAACUCUUUGCAAGAAGUUCCAGAUAGAGAUGACUUUGACUUCAUUUUACGUGGCUCUGCCAGUACUGCUCCAAACCCGGAAUUACACAAUACGUCGUGGUAUGAAUCUGUAACAUGGACUACACAAGAGCAGAAACAGAGGGAAAUAGCCAUCCAUUUUGUGAAGCAUGAUGAAAUGCUUCAGCAUCCUGAAGACACCCUGAUUAUGAUAGAAGGUGGAACACUAAAAGAAAUCUGGAAGCUUACAAAAAGAUUCAAGUGUGUUAUUCCUGUGAGAUCCACAGAAGAUGAUCUUGAAUUACUAGAUCUUUCAGCUCCUUUUCUUCUAAAAGGGAAUAUAAAAUAUUAUGGGUGCAAGCAGUGUUCAACUCCAAAGCCCAUGAAGAAUCUAAGUUCCAUUGCAGCAGAACAGCAACCAUCAUGGGAACCAGCUGAAAUAGCACAAGUUUUAGGUAUUGAACUGCUCCAGUAUGUUUUUAUUAUGAAGUUUACACUGGUUGAUGAAACAGGAUCACUAAAUGCAUACCUUUUUGAUUAUGAGAAGUUUUUCCAAAUUCCUGCUUCUGAAAUCUUAACUAAUAAUCUUCUUCAGCAAAAGAUGCAGAUGACCAUGAAUGCACUCUGUCCUCCAGGAAGAAAAUUAGGUGACUUGCCGUGGCUGGAAUGCUUCAUCAAGUCCUAUAAUGUCAGAGAUGCAAUGAAAAAUCAAGUUUAUUACCAAAUUUUUGACACCACAGUUGCUGAAGAUGUUGUAUAGUCAUGUGUUGCUAAUUGGAAGUAAUCCAGUAAGAAUCAGUUUCUGUGGGGGGCUGGGAUCAGAGACUGUAUUAAAAAAAUUAUCUUUGUUCUGUUCUUAGGAAUUCAACUUUUUUAUGAAUUUUUAGUUUAUGUAUGAAUGGGAAUGGAAAUUAUACUUUGAUAUGUUUGCUAUUUUCCUGGCACACAACUUUGUGAUCUAAGGGCAAGUGGAGCUUUUCACUGGAAGCUGCUUGGCUGAGGUUGAUGGAAGCAAUCUACUUUCCAUCUAUCCUUCAAAAAGGCAGUGAUGAGGUUACUCUUAAUUUGUGAAUUUUACUCAGAAAAAUGUAGUCAGGAUGAUGCUGUGUGUUCAUUUUUGUAUUAAAUUACAUCCACAGAGGCAGAGAUACAGAGCUCUUUUGUAAACUCAGACUACUUUGUGCAAGCCAGUAUUACUGUUCUGUUUGGUGGGGAGGUUGGUUUUUAGAGACUUCUUUGAUUUUGUACUGAUAUGUACAUUUAGACAAACUCCUCCUGUUAGUAGCACUCAGGUAACUGCUACAUGUACCAGUCACUCUAGAUUGUGAUGGUGACCAUGUAGUGAUUAUCAAUAAAAUUAAAGUCAACCAUGAAAGUAAGGUAAAAUUGUAAAGUGAAUAUUGAAUUUGGUAGAUGGUAAUGAUUCUGGGGUGGCCUUGUUGGGUACCAAAGUUUGUUAACAUGUUUGUUAGCUGGGUCUGUAUUUUCAAAGGCUUGAUCUGCCUUUUCCAUCUUACAUAAUCAGAUUGUGUGCCUAAAUUGGGAGAUACAGAACUGAUCUAGUGCUAUCAUAGACUGAAAAUUCUGCUGGACUAGAAAACUAUGUGAUGGUUUUACUUGGCAUUCAGAAGUCUCUAGGGACAAGCUCAAGACAUGUUUCUCUAAGGAUAAUUAAUGUAGAAAUCCCUGUCAAAUCAAAUGCUUUCCAUCAGAGCAAAAUUACUUAGUAUUUACAGCAGCUGUUUUUAAAGAAUUUCAGAAGCAAGAUGCAAUAUUUGUAAGUAGAUUAUUAUUUUUAUAGUAGAUGACAUUUUAUUUUUUUCAUUUUUGAGGGCUGUUUAAUAGAGUAUGCAAUUUGUCUUAAAAUUUCAUCAUAUAUCCUCCGGUAAUUUUCUUGUACUGUAAAAAUUACACUGAGUUUAUAUGUCAUAACCCAGGAUAUUAUUCUUUAUUGAUCUGUGUAUGGGGACAACCAAUAUUAAAAGUGCUGAGUGCAUGUUUCCUUUAAAAAUUUCUAAAAAAUAAAAAUAUUUCGGAAUUGAACCAGCAGUUUAUCAGAGUCUACUGACUUCAGAAUGUUUUCUUGAAUUUUUGCAUAAAUGCAUCAACAGAAAGUAAUUACAACAAAUGAAUAUUAUUUAGACACUGUCCAUACCCAAAUGUUUUCACAAGUUAGAAGUUAAAGUGAAGGGAGUCUUCUUUGCUUUAUUUUUAUAUAGGGUGUGAAAAUGUGAAUUUCUAUUUUUAGAUUUGUGUUAAUAACUGUGAAAGAUAUUGAUAUUGUACAUUUUUUCUAGACACAUCUUCAUAAAGGAAUAAAUAAAAAGACGUUUUGAACUUCAGUGUAAAAUAAAUCAUGUUGAUCACAUGCCUUGUCUGAGAUCCCUGCCUAAAAACUCUACAUAAGCAUGACAUUAUUUUUUUACUAUUUAAUAUUGUGUUAAAAUGUUUAAUAAAGUUUUCUCCAAAUAAUGAGGUUUUUCUUGUAUUUGACUUUCAUUUCAAUUUCAUAACUGUGAAAACUUUGUCAUCAGUAGCCUUCAUCCAACAUAAUGCUCCAAA